CUGGAUAUUUGGUUUGAUCACCAACUUAUCCCUUCUAUCCUGUGGUAAGCCCCUACAAGUCUCCAACUAUGAUGCUGUUAUUUGGGGCGCAUAUAAAGUCUUUGUUCACAGUGCUGGCUGUUUGCUGUUUCAUAUUUAUUUGGACUUCAGACAUUGUGGGCUCUCAAAAGCCAAACUUCAUUGUUAUUUUAGCUGAUGACAUUGGAUGGGGAGACCUUGGAGCAAAUUGGCCAGCAGCACUGCAGAGAACUCCCUAUUUAGAUAAGAUGGCUUCAGCUGGAAUAAGAUUUGUUGAUUUCCAUUCUGCUGCUUCUGUCUGCUCUCCGUCUCGAGCGUCACUACUCACAGGAAGGCUUGGAAUUCGCAAUGGAGUCACUCACAACUUUGCUGUCACUUCAAUAGGAGGACUUCCUCUGAAUGAAACCACCCUGGCUGAAGUUUUACAGCAAUCGGGCUACAGAACUGGAAUAAUAGGGAAAUGGCAUCUGGGACACCAUGGCAAAUUCCAUCCCAAUUUCCGUGGUUUUGAUUACUACUAUGGGAUCCCUUAUAGUAAUGACAUGGGAUGCACAGAUGAUCCUGGAUAUAACAUUCCAACAUGUCCGUCUUGUCCAUUAGCAUCCAAGACACCCAAAAGGUAUGAUAAAGGAUGUUACACAGAUAUAGCACUGCCUUUGAUGGAAAACACAGUGAUAAUGGAACAGCCAGUCAACCUGAGCGUUUUGCCACUGAGAUAUGCACAAAAGGCCGCCCAGUUUAUUAAAAGUGCAAGAGGACAUGGGCGGCCAUUUUUCCUAUACUUGGCACUUGCCCACAUGCACGUUCCUCUACCUAAUCGCACAUUCGUCCCUAGAGGGCCAUAUGAGGACACCCUACAAGAGAUGGAUAAUCUUGUUGGCAUAAUUAGAUCAGAGGUUGAUCAAGAUUUAAACAAAAACACCCUUAUCUGGUUUACAGGUGACAAUGGACCUUGGGCUGAGAAAUGUGAAUUUGCUGGUAGCGUUGGUCCUUUUGUGGGUGCAUGGCAGGUUGCACAAGGUGGAAGUUCUGCAAAGCAAACCACUUGGGAGGGAGGCCACCGUGUACCAACUAUAGCAUACUGGCCAGGGAAAAUCCCAAGAAACAUCACAAGUUCAGCCAUACUGAGCUCUUUGGAUAUUUUCCCCACAUUGUUGUCUCUUGCAAAUGCAUCUUUGCCAGUGAACAGACUUUUUGAUGGCAAAGACAUUUCUGGAAUUCUGUUGGGGCAAUCUGAAGAAGGACACAAGGUUCUCUAUCACCCAAACAGCGGUGCAGCUGGAAAGUUUGGAAAUAUAGAAGCAAUUCGUCUGGAGCAAUAUAAGGCAUUUUAUACCACAGGUGGCGCAUUGGCCUGUGAUGGGACUAUCGGACGAGAACAGCACCAUAGACCUCCAUUGGUAUUCAAUCUUGAUCAAGAUAUCCAGGAACAAAAGCCACUUGACAUCAAAAGUGAAGAGUAUAAGACGCUGUUGCCCAAAUUAACAAAGGCACUUGAGGAUUUUCUUUCUGAUAUUGCCAAAGACAAUGUCUCCAUAGCAGAUUAUUCACAUGAGAGUUCAGCAGUGCUUUGCUGUAAUCCUCAGCACAUUGUCUGCCGAUGCACUGACCAGUAACAAAUAUAUCACACAUGAAAAACUCCUGACUCAGGCUCUCAUUGUGAGUGAUUUACCUGGUUAAUUGUUUGUGCCAAAUGUAGGUCCUCGCCUACUAACAAAAUGUCAGAUUAUUCAAUUAAAGGACCACUCCGUGCAGUAGAAUUGCAUUAUUAAAAAGUGCAUAAUAAAAAGAGAAUGAUUUAACACCUACUCUGAAUUUCAAAUAAACAGAUUUUUUCUUUCCGAUAAA